AUGCUAGAAGCGUUAAAGUUGCUAAAUCAGAGGUUUCAGCAAAGUACUAUUAAAGAAUGGAUUUUCCUUUCUUAUCCAGGUGAAAUUAAACAUAUUACUGAAGAAUUAAAAUGCAAUGUUAUGGAAUUUAUAGAUGCACAAAUUGGGCAUAAUUAUCAUGCUACUGAAUCUCAUCCACAAGCAUUUUAUACAAGUCAAUUGCUUAAUUUUACUAGUGAUAAAUUGAAUGGAAUUCUUGAAAGUGAAGAUUCACAAGCUAGUGACUUGAAUCUAGAUCAUUGGUCGGAUUAUGGCAUUAUGCUGCGGUCUUAUGGUCGGAUCAAAGGCCAUUGCUGUAAUAUAAUCAUUUUUGUUUAUUUUUUCGUAUGA